CUGGUGCUGUCGGGCUGCAGAGACUAUGCCAGGUCGGAGAUGCACGAGGCCUCAGCGAUCCUGGUGCACCUGAGCCGUGGCGGGGCUGAGGUCCAGAUCUUUGCCCCUGAUGUCCGUCAGAUGCACGUGGUCGAUCACACCAAGGGGCAGCCUUCUGAGAGUGAAAGCAGGAACGUCUUGACGAUCGCUGGAGGCAAAAUCUCUGACCUGGCUCAGCUCAGUGCAGCCAACCACGAUGCUGCCAUCUUCCCUGGAGGCAUUGGAGCUGCCAAAAAUCUGAGCACAUUCGCUGUCGACUGGAAAGACUGCAGAGUCAACCAGGAUGUGGAGCGGGUCCUGAAGGAGUUCCACCGAGCUGGGAAGCCCAUUGGCCUGCGCUGUAUCGCGCCUGUCCUUGCAGCCAAAGUGCUCAGAGGUGUUGAAGUCACCGUGGGCCAUGAGCAGGAAGAGGGUGGCAAAUGGCCUUACGCAGGGACUGUCGAGGCCAUCAAGGCCCUGGGCGCCAAGCACUGUGUGAAGGGUGUGACUGAAGCUCACGUGGACCAGAAAAACAAGGUGGUCACAACCCCAGCCUUCAUGUGUGAGACCGCCCUCCACCACAUCCACGACGGGAUGGGGGCCAUGGUGAAGAAGGUGCUGGAACUCACAGGGAAAUGACACGGAGCCGGCGG